AUGGCGGCGGCGCCGACGGCGGAAGCCAUGGACGUCGACGCGCCGGCUAGGCCGCUGACUACCUCCUCGGCCACCAAGUCGCGCUCCCCUCACGACCUCCUCGCCGAGACCCGCGCCUCCAUCGAGAAGGUCGCCUCCCGGAUGCUCGCCAUCAAGAAAGACGGCGCCCCCAAGUCGGAGCUCCGCGAGCUCGUCACUCAGAUGUCGCUGCUCCUCGUCACGCUACGCCAAGUGAACAGGGAGAUCCUGAUGGAGGAGGACAAGGUCAAGGCGGAGACGGAGGCCGCGAAGGUGCCGGUGGACUCCACGACGCUGCAGCUGCAUAACCUGUUGUACGAGAAGAACCACUACGUGAAGGCCAUAAGGGCGUGUCUCGACUUUCAGACGAAGUAUCCGGGGAUAGAGCUUGUGCCCGAGGAGGAGUUCCAGCGUUCCGCGCCGGCAGACAUCCUUGAGAAGACCCUCGCUGCCGACGCCUCCCAUGACCUCAUGCUCAAGCGCCUCAACUUUGAGCUCGUCCAGAGGAAAGAGUUAUGCAAGCUACACGAGAAAUUAGAACAACAGAGGAGCAGCUUGCUGGAGACAAUUGCUAAUCAGAAAAAGUUCCUUUCAAGCCUUCCAUCACAUUUGAAAUCAUUGAAGAAAGCAUCAUUGCCAGUGCAGCAACAGUUGGGGAUGCAACAUACCAAGAAACUAAAGCAGCACCAUGCUGCGGAGUUACUGCCUACUCCGCUUUAUAUAGCAUACACUCAGUUAAUAGGGCAGAAAGAAGCAUUUGGAGAGAAUAUUGAAGUAGAGAUCACGGGAAGCACAAAGGAUGCCCAAAUAUUUGCUCAACAGCAAGCCAAGAAGUUAAAUGCAGGCACUCUUUCAAAUGGCGACAGCAGAAUGGAUGAUGAUGUGAUUGAUGAUGAAGAAGAUGCUCAGAGAAGAAGGUCAAGAUCCAAAAAGAAUGUGGUGAAGGAAGCUAAUAAUCCAGCAGUGGCCUAUCAACUUCACCCACUUAAAAUUAUCCUCCAUGUAUAUGAUACUGAAGAUUCUGGUAGCAAACGCCGUAAACUCAUCACCCUGAGGUUUGAAUACUUGGCAAAGUUGAAUGUUGUUUGUGUUGGAAUUGAAGAUUCAGAGGGUCUGGACAGUAAUAUCUUGUGCAACCUAUUUCCAGAUGACACUGGUUUAGAUCUACCACACCAGAUGGCUAAGAUUUACGCUGGGGAGGUUCCAAACUUCAGCGACAAGGAUUCAAGGCCAUACAAGUGGGCACAGCAUUUAGGUGGUAUCGACUUUUUGCCUGAAGUGCCUCCAUCUGUUGGGGAUGAUUCUAGCAGAGCAUUAAGCAGUGCUGAUUUGUCAUCUGGGCUUGCUCUAUACCGUCAGCAGAACCGUGCACAGGCUAUUUUGCAGAGAAUCCGCUUGCGGAAAGUUGCCCAGAUGGCUCUUAUGUGGCAACUUGAUUAUUUGACAAAGCUGAAGUGGCCUCGAAUAGAACAUAAGAAUGCACCAUGGGCAUCACGCAACCCACUGUGCAGUCUACAUAGUUGGUCAUUGACAAGUUCUUUUCCUGAGCCAUCGUCUCGUUCUAUUUUGAUGAUAAGUGGGUCUGCAAGCAAUGUUGACAGUGAUGUAGAGAGAUCUGUAACGAACUGGGAAGAAACUGAGGGUACCAGGGAGGAUGGGGAGCUUCCAGUUGUGAUUCCUGCUGAGAAUGAGCCAAAUGGUUCUACAAUUUUGCACCCUGAGGUGUCACCUGAGAUUCGGAGCCAUUCUAGAGGCUUAUCCCUGAUAUCAAAGAGUGCAACACCAUCUAAGCUAAGCAUCUCACAAAGUUUUGGUAGAACCGAGGAUGAUCUUGAUCUCUUGAUGUAUAGUGACAACGAGUUGGAGGACUCGACCUGUAUUCUUGAUGAAACUGAGAAAGCUAGCCCGAUUAUAGACAGAUCCUGGGAGGAUUAUGCUUCCAAGGAGUUUACCAUGGUCUUGAGUAAAACUAUGAAGAAUGGUCCAAAAGUCAUGCUGGAAGCCAAGGUUAAGAUAAGUAUAGAGUAUCCUCUUAGACUUCCCCUUUUCAGAUUACGUUUGCUCUCAGAAAAGUCUGAAACUUUAAAGUGGCACAAUGAUCUUCGUGCAAUGGAAGCUGAGGUAAAUCUUCACAUCCUUCGAAGCCUACCUCCAUCAUAUGAUGAUUAUAUAUUGACUCACCAAGUUAUGUGCCUGGCUAUGCUGUUUGACAUGCAUUUUGAUGAGGAGCACGAGAAAAGAAAAGUUACUUCAGUGAUCGAUGUUGGUCUUUGCAAACCUGUUAGUGGAACUAUGCUUACUAGAUCGGUUAGGGGAAGAGACCGAAGGCAGACUAUUUAUUGGAGAGGUGCUGAUUGCUCUUCCAGUUACUUGUAG